CUAUUAGCUGCUACAUCCGUCUUUCUUCCAUUGGAGGCGUUUUUCCCUCGAGUCCCGCCCUCCGUGGCGGCCUACUGCGCGCCAACGCCGCAAACUCGGCUGAGGGCCGGUAAAGCGAACACCUUUGAUAGGCUUGCAACACUUUUCCUUUCGCCGCCUCUCAUCUGCGCUUAGUUCUUGAUUUUCUUUUCUCCCUCUCAGUUAGAUAUUGGGUAAUACUUACUACUGCAAACAUUGUUUAAAGGAUUAAAGCUCUAUAGUUAAGAAUCGCGCAGCAGUGUUUCAAGGAGAACGAAACUGAUUUGAGGUCGCAUGUGCGAGCGAGUAAAAAAUGGCGCUUGCAAAAACUUGUCCUCGCGAUCUAUAACUGUGGGGGAUGGGGCAUUUAACAUCUCGCGAGUCCAGGAGAUUUGGUUCUUAGGUCGAUUUGGCGCGUAAAACAAAAAAAGGAGGGGUGAGAACUGGAGGUACAGAGAGACGGCGAAAUAGGAAGUGGAUGCAAGUCGCGCAUGCUGGGAAAAGGUAUGAAGGCUAGGAAGGAACAUCGUCUCAGUUAAACAGGGCACUCAUAACAUUUUUAUGUACCUCAAAAGAAAAUGAGUGUAUCAAGUGCUGCAGUAAGAGUGGAAACUUGGCUUUCAUCUACAUGGCAUGUAAAAGUUCCAGUACCAUGGCUACAAGCUUGUAUUGACUGGAUUCAAGAAGAAAACGGCCUUAGUAAUUUGACUCAGGCUUAUAUUAACAAGCAAGUUUUUGAACAGUGGCUUCUUACAGAUCUCAGAGAUCUUGAAUAUCCUGUUCUGCCGGACUGCAUUUUAAAUGCUCCGAAAGGAGAGCUAAAAGGCUUUUAUUCCAUACAGAUUGAUUCACUUAUUGAUGUGAGUCAGCCUGCCUAUUCACAGUUGCAGAAGAUAAGAGGGAAAAAUACUGUCAAUGAGGAAAUCACUGCUAAUACACAAGGAACCCAGAAGUCCUGGGAAGCAAAGCCAACUCGAAUGCUGAUGCUGAAACUGACUGAUGGCAUAAAUCACAUUCAGGGUAUGGAAUAUCACUCUGUUCCUGUUCUCCAUAGCAGUCUCCCUCCAGGCACAAAAAUUAUGAUACAGGGGAAAGUGUCCUAUCGUUUAGGCGUUCUUCUGCUUAAGCCAGAAAAUGUGAGGUUGUUGGGAGGUGAAGUAGACAGCCUUAUGGAGGAGUGUGCUGAAGAAAGAGUUCUUGCUAAAUUGAUUGGAGAAGAUGACUUCAGUAAUUCUGUCAGAUCUGUUAUCGGAGACCCUGGAAUUUCCAGACCUGCUGAUGAAGUAGGCCAAGUCCUUGGGCCUUCUGAUGAAGAGCUUCUGGCAAGUCUAGAAGAAAAUGAUGAACUGAUAAUAAAUGAAGCCCCUCUUGAAAGUGGAUAUUGCAGCAGAAGUACCAGUUCUAAUUCUAACAUGUAUUCUCUUCUUCCCAACAAUGCAAGCUGCUCAGACCAAGGUUCUGCAAUCUUCAUUGCAGCCAGUGACCAACCAACUGUUCCAGUUUCAGAAUACAACGAACAAGGUUUAGAUGAAUUUCCUUUGGAUGAUGAUUUGCUUUUAGUAGAAGAGAUCCAUGAACAAUCACUGAAUAGAAAUAAUCCAAACAGGGCAGAUAAAUCUGUUAAAAGAGGGAUGUAUGAUGUAUUUGAUAAUAAUGAUGUAUUUGAAAAUAGUGCAGGUGAUUUUUUAAUAAAUCUGGAUGACUGUUCAGAAAAUAAAUUUAUACGUGAGAGAUGCUGUAAAAGAGAUGUAAUUGGCAACAAAGAAAAGUCCUCUGAUAUCUCUAACAAUAGAGUAACAGACACUAAUGCAAAUCCUAAUCAAUACUCUGACCAUGUACAGGCAUAUGAAAUAAAGGAUAAAUAUCUCAAAGUAAAUUUAGAUACACCUCCUUUUACAUAUAUUUCUGUUUUAUUAAGUAACAAGCUCCAGGGUAUUACCCAUGUGAAAGUUAAAGCUUUUAUAGUAACUCUUACAGGAAAACUCACAAGCAGCAGUGGCUUAUGGAGUGUAACUGCAAAAAUAUCUGAUGGGACCGCUUACUUAGAAGUUGACUUUGCUAAUGACAUUCUAACAAGUUUGAUUGGAUUUUCAGUUCCUGAAAUGAAGCAACUGAAAAAGGAUCCAGUCUUGCACCCAAAACUUAAGAAGGGUUUAUGCAGUUGUCAAAGAGAGCUAAUAGACCUCUGUUGUUUAAUGACUAUUGAAUUUAACCCCUCUGAGGCAAAAGCAAUAGUAAUAGUUUUGCAAGACAUUAAUGCAAAUGACUUGAAUAAUUUAAAAAGGCGCCUAAAUAUAUUUAGCAUUUAAGUGACAAUUGUUUAACAAUUCCAAGAAAACUGUUAGUUAUCACAUGCCUUUUGGGCUGGUUUUUGAAUUCAGAAAACAUCUAUGAUAAUGUUUUAAUAGUGAAAUAUAUAGUUGAGCUCAUUAUUUAAAACUUCUGUGUUAGCAAGAGUUUUUUUAAUAUCUAAAAUAUUGGGAAUUCAAGAUCUCUGUAAUAAGUGGGAAUCUAAACAUGAAGGAACUCAGUGCUAAAGUUUUUUUAUCAUUCUGUAGAAUUAUUGUAAGUAGUAACUAAGCAGUAAGAAUUAGUAAGUCAUAGUUCUAUUUGUGAUAUAUAUAGUUCUCUUUUACUUUUAAGGUAUUUGUGUAUCAUGAUGUUUGUAACUAUUGUCUUGAAAAUCCCAAAAUAAAAUAAAUUGUUUAUAAACAAUUUUUAAAGCUCAAAAA